CCACCCUCUCUCUAUGUCUCUCGCUCUCUCUCUCUCGCUCUCUCUCCCACCCUCUCUCUAUGGCUCUCGCUCUCUCUCUCUCUCAGACACACAUGGCUCUGUAUUGAUUUGCGCGUGCAGCCUGCGCAGCUCUGCUUCACACACACAGACGACGCUCAGCUCAGCUGCAGGGCAGCGGCUCUCACUCUCCUCUUCCUGCCUCGCCAUCGCGCUCGGCUUCUCGGAGACACAGAGAUCUUAUACUCAGACGGCGCUGGGGAUUCUGUAGCUCUCCUCUGCCCUCCCUCGCACUCUCCCUCGCUCUCGUUCUCUCGCUCUCUGGGUCUCCAGUGCAGCACCGGGGCCACAGGAUGGAGGCUCUGGCUAUCUACACUUUCCGAGCCACGGAGAGCGAUGAGCUCAGCUUCCAGAAGGGAGACAUACUGAAGAUUACAAACAUGGAAGAUGACCCAAACUGGUACACAGCUGAGCUUAUGGGCAGGAGGGGCUUUGUGCCCAAGAAUUACAUCAAUGUAAGACCUCACAUGUGGUUUGCUGGCCGGAUCUCCAGAAACGUGGCUGAGGGUCGGUUACGGCAGAGGGAGUGCGGGGCUUUCCUGGUCAGGGAGAGUGAGAGUGCGCCUGGAGAGUUCUCCAUGUCUGUCAGAAGUUAUGGGGACCACGUGCAGCACUUUAAGAUUCUGAAGGACAGAGCCGGACAGUACUAUGUGUGGGACGAGGCCUUCAGCUCCCUCAACCAGCUGGUGGACUUCUACAAGACCAACAGCAUUGCCAAGGAGCGAACAAUCUUCCUGAGAGACAGGGAUCAAUCGCAGGGGAGAGCCCGCCAUGCCCAGGCCCUCUUCGACUUCAACCCUCAGCACAUCUCCCAGCUGCGCUUCGUGCGUGGCGACGUCGUCGACCUGCUGGACUGCUCCGACUCGCAGUGCUGGAAGGGCCGUUGCCACGGCCGCGUGGGCUACUUCCCUCCGGAGUACGUCCAGCCCCUCUACCACUGACCCUCCCGGCCCGCCCCCUUUCCCCUCACCCAAAGAGAGGCGGCUAGAGGGCGGCGGUACAGGCACGGUUCCAAGAAACACCUACAGUACCAUGCCGUUCAUUCCAGAAUCCUAUCUUAUUGCACAGUGGACCAUCAGAUCAGCACCUAGACAUGACGCAGUGGUGACCGGCACAGAGGAAAGUGGAAUGCGGAACUGGUGGGAACUAGUGGUAAAGCAAGGCUGUGGACACUGGAGAGAUUUUGAGAGUAGAUGCAAAUGAAUAGCCUCUUCCGUGUCUUCACUUGUACAGUGUUUUUGCCGUAAAACUGCCCAUUCCAUAAAGCAAAAUGAUGGCUUCACGGACCAUAUGGUCUCUAAAGUCAUUGCUGUGACACAAAUAGGACUGUGAAAUCUUGGCUUCUAGAAAUAUUGUACCUGUAUUUAAGCAAAGAGAAUCACUGUGGAAAUCAUAAACACCUCUGGGGGGGAAAAGGCUGAAAAAGUCUUACAUAGACACUAAUGAUUUGAUUGGGGUUUGAGGUGUGAACUGAGGACUGGCUAAAAAGUAUUUUUUAAGUUCUACUGUAUAUUUCCAGAAAAUUCCAGACUAGCAGAAAGACGCAAUGGGCAAAAGAGAUAAAUAAGACCAGAAAACCUGAGCAACAGUCUCAAAAUUAAGCACUUUCUAUGACUUUAAACCAGUCCACAGUAUCCUGCACUUUCCUCUUUGAUUUAUUCUUCAUUUGUAUUUUUUUGUAAUUCUUACAAUUUGUUAAUACAGUAAGAGAAAGUCAUUUUCUUUAAACAGUUGUCUCAUGUCCAUUACUAUUAUAAACAGGCACUUGGUGUAAGUACAGUAAUGCAAAGAAAUGUCACCCUAGCUAUUCAUAAUGAAGAAUCUGUGUUCCCUUGUUUUGUGUUCUUCAAACAUGUAAAGAUGUAUAACACCACUUAAACUCCAAUAAAGAUGUCAUUUUUCCUCUCA